AUGCUAUGCCAACUCUGCGCAGAAGCCAUCAAAGCUGGACCAAGUCGUCUUCCAUACGAAAAAAAUUAUUUUCGUUGGAAGGGGACAAGCCUCAGAAUUCAUACGAGUCUUUCGAGUCUGCGAAGCUCGACCGAGAUAGGAUGUCUCCUGUGUCGAAGUUUCUGGGACUAUUGUUGCGAAAAGAAUCCGGGUUUGAGAGAGGCGACUGAACCAGUCAAUUUCGCGAGGUUUGAUUGGCAAAUCGAUUUAACCUAUGGAGAUGUAGAUCUGAUUUUUGAAGAUUUUGAUGGAUACUUCGCGAUUAGAAUUGCCGAAAACCACCGCGGUGUGAGAUUUCUUCUGUCGCCAUCGUGUCUUGACGUCAGAGGCAACCCUAUCGAGUAUUCAGAGCCCGAAGUCUCAACACGUAGCAGCAUAAGAUUGUGGAAGUACUGGUACACAGCGUGCCAAAGACACCACGAGCGUUGUCGCAGCUUGAGCGCUGUGGGAGCAUUUAAGCCCACCAGGCUUGUCGAAAUUCGGCAAGACGAUCCCGAUUGUUGGAAUUUGAUCGAUGAAACGUCGCGUAUUGCGGGGCCAUACGCAACUUUGAGCCAUUGCUGGGGUUCAUCUUCUCAUGAGGUCCUGAAGAAGGAAAAUAUUGCGAAUUUCAAACAAAGAGGCCAAAACUUGAUCGCAAAACUUCCUCAGACUUUCAUCGACGCGAUCGAGGUCGCUAAGUCGCUGGGAAUUUACUACAUCUGGAUCGACUGUCUCUGCAUUGUACAGGAUGACGAUGAUGAUUGGAAGGAAGAAUCAGCGAAGAUGGGUCUGGUCUACGCUCGGGCGGCUUGCAAUCUCGCUGCGAGCUGCUCUUCGGAUAGUUCGGGCGGUUUCUUUCGGACGAGGGACUUGGCCUUGGUGCAACUCACAUCUGUUGAUUUCGGUUGCGAUUUACGUGGUUUUUCAACAUACCGGAUUUCCAACGCCGCUUCAUACGACAAUGAUGUGGCCAAUGCACCAUUAAAUUCUCGUGCUUGGGUCACUCAAGAGCGCUAUCUAGCACUGAGGCAAUUGAGCUUCACUGCCCAUCAGGUGUAUUGGGAAUGUCCUGAGCUUGUUGCCAACGAACAGUGUCCGGAAGGGCUACCGGAUGAAUUAUGGAACAGCUCGAAUACUCGCUCAGUACGGAAAAGAGGCAUGGUACCAAUGAGUGAAGCAAGUUUUCGAGAUACAUGGUCCAAGAUUGUUGAGCAUUAUUCGUCGUGCGGCCUCACGAGGAAGACAGACAAACUUGUGGCGUUGUCAGGUUUGGCUACUCAGAUUCAGCUUAUACAAAGCCAACGCCCACAAAGCCCAGCGCUCAACAUGUAUGUUCAUGGGCUAUGGAGUGUCGAUUUCCAUCAACAGCUCUGCUGGACUCGUUACGGAGCCAAAAAAGAGCAAUACGAAGCCCGAGCCGACCAAAACAUAGUUCGAACUUCGCGGUUGAAUGGUUCUAUUGCGCCAUCAUGGUCCUGGGCCAGCCUUGAUGGGAAAGUCGAAUAUGAUCUCGCAUAUAAUGAUCUGGGGAGCCAAUACCGAUUAUCCUGGAUUCGAGUAGAGGACCCCGAGUUCAAAGAAGGCAAACCCCCGGCAAUCAGCAAAGGAUUGACACUUCGAGGUAUUGCACUCUUUGGAACACUCAAGCCUCCGUACAAAGAGUAUGUCGGCAGAUUGACAUUUUCUCAUGCGCUGAGCACUCCGGACUUACAUGAAAACCCAUUCUGGCCUUCUAUUAAUCCACUGGAAUCUAUCCGGGUAGAUGAGGUUUAUUGGGACUUGCCGCAGUGGCCAUCGGACCUUGACCCGUCCCAGGAGCUCUGCUUCUUGAUGAUAUAUAUGGAUCAUCUGGCUGAAACAAACCAUGGUCUCAUACUACAGCAGAUACCUUCGGCUGCAGAGCCAGUUGAAUAUGUCAAAUUGGGUUCUUUCAAGCUUGAGGGCGCAUGGGGUGGAGAUCCGGGCGAGUUAAUUAGACGGUCGGACUUCAUGCAACACAUAGCAGCCCGCCAACGUCGAGAGCAACCCAUAGAAGCUGUCGACGAUGAUGCUUUGAGUGAUUUAGAAAGCGAUAUGGAACUCGAAUCCCAUCCCAAUACCGCGUCAAAAGAAAAGUUGUUCCAACGGGCUGAGAGAACCCUCUGGAUCAUGGACCUGGACCCACCGAGCAUGAGAGAUUUGGUACAUACAGUCUGCAUUAGAUAA